AUGACAUCCCUCAUCUUCGAAGCUUGGCAAUCAUCGAUGCAUCUCCGAAGAGGAGUGGUUCUGCUGCUGGCACUUCGACACUGCUUUGCAGAUGAUCCGGUGGACUUCGGUUCAGCCAACCCGCCGCUGGUGAGAAGAGAGGCCAAGACUCCGGAGUCUGACUGGGAGGAGCGUUUGGCGAACGCUAUGGAGGUUGCCAAGGUUGCAGAAGCUGCGGCAGCCCGGGCCGCUGUCAUGGUCGCUGCGCAGGAUCAAAGGCUGAAUGCUGCAGAUGAAAAGAUCAUCGAGCUCGAGCAAGAGAAUGCGGAACAGAAGAAGGAGCUUGAGAUCGUCCGAGGAGACUUCGCUAAAGUGGAUGCAGAUGUCAACGACGCGUUGAACCAGACAAACAGCACCGCUCUGAGGCUCCAGGCCGAAGUGGAAGGCAUACAGCGAGAAGACGGCCAGCUGAAGGCCAAGGAUGAUAUCCUGGAGCGAGUUGUCAAGGAUGUGGAGAGCAAAGUUAUCGAAUUUGGAACUGAAGCCAUGCAUGCGGAAACUGCAGCUGGGCAUGCUCAGAAGGAUGCCGGCAAAGCCAAGAACGCCUCAGAUCUUCUAAAGGCGAGAGAAGCCAACCUGAAGUACGAAGUUGAUGACCUUGGAACGACGUUGGAUGAGGUUCUGAAGGACCAGAACUCAUCCAAGAGCGCCGUGCAGAAGUUACUCAAUCGUACACAAAAUCUGGGCAAGACGAUGUUGAAGAUCAGCAAACACUUGAGAAAGUUUGAUGGGAGUCUCAGCAAAGCAGUGAGACAGGCAGGGGAGUCGGACAAGCUUGCGAAGAUGGCCAAAGAGGAAGCAGACGAUGCUUUGGAUGACGUUGAGUCCGUUGGCCAGCCAGUCCCGGGAUUUGGUGGAGGCUACAGCCGUGCCUCCUCCGUCGUGGGUGAAGAAGGCCCCCGUGGCCCACCUGGCCCCCCAGGCCCACCUGGGCCUGAUGUGCGGUCAAAGAAGGCUGCACAGUCGUCGCGCGGUGCACCUGGACCACGAAACAAGCAAAGCCAAAGUGGACAAAACGAGGAGGCUCAGCCAGUCCGAACGGUUGUUUCAAGCGUCUACGAUCCAACAACAGCAGCUGUAGCUGCCAAGCAGCAUGCAAAAGCUGCCUGGGAAGCUGUCAAACAAAUACAGGCCCAAAACUCCAAAACGCGACCAAUCUACGAGGUGGCCUCCAUGACUGGCGACUUGAUUCAGAUACUGAAAGGUCCCCCAGGUCCGCAAGGCGCACCUGGAGAAGCAGGGGCAGUCCUGUCCACAGCUUCUGCCAGCUGA